AACUGUGAUAACUUUGUAAUCAUUCCAUUUAAGAUAAAAAAUGAUUGUAGCAAACAAGCAAUAAACUUUUUAAAACCCUCGCAUCAGUUGUUAUAAGCCGUCAGUGAAGCAAAAGCCACUUGUCUCCCUUACGACUAUAAAUCAAAAUUAAUUUUUGUAGGUAAGGUAACUAAAAAAAAUUGGAGAUCUAAACAAAAUCGAUAAACGUUUCCUUCUCUUGAGUUUUUUCUAACAAAAAUAAUAGUUGUGUGUGAAAACUAAAUAAUAAUGUCAAGUCAAAAAUAUUCUGCCAAAGAAAAGACCGAUUUCCAAAAACCAUUAACAAACAUGUUGACAAAAGCAAAAUAUUCUGCUGGUGCUUCCUCGUCCAAAGCAACAUCUUCCUGCUCAGAAGAAAGUUUGGUGACAACGAAAGCCGCUAGCAAAGGUGUAAAAGCUAACAUUGAUGACAAUGAUGAUUCAGGGGAGUUUCAUGAUGCUUUGAGUAUAGAAGCAAUGUCAACCGAAAUGGACUUGGACAUUGCCCUAGAAGAAGCCAAGUUGGCAAUACAUUAUUUUUUCAAUAAUAAAUUUGAUGACGCUCGCAAUCUCCUAAAGCCAUGGGCUCACAGCAGUAUGUACCAUUCGGUUGGUAAUAGCGUUUUUGCAUUCCUUGAAGCGAUUUUAACAUUUGAACAAAAACACAUUGCCAUUGCUGCGCAAGAGUUAAAAACCUGCUUAGAGGUAUGCAACAGGCAUAAACGGAAAAACACGAUUACAGAGUCAAUUGGAAAGAAGUUCAAGAAAACAAAUUAUGAUCAAUACACAGAUCUAGAAGCUCAUGCAGAGCUAUGUUCAGCUGAAGCCAUGCUCAUUAAGGCAAUGCUUACGUUCAUCGAAGACGAGACCUUGACUAGCCUGAUAAAGGGUGGUAUGAAGAUAAGAAACUGUUUCAAUAGCUAUAAGGAAUGUAUGAAUAUUUUGACUCAACGAGAAUGGAGUUCGCAGAGCUCUCAAAUGCACUUUGAGAGUGGAGUAAGAAUGGGCAUGGGUACUUUUAACCUAAUGAUAUCCCUACUCCCUGCGUGUGUGAUAAAAGUAUUAGAAUUUAUAGGUUUCUCAGGAAAUAAGAAAAACGGCAUUGACGACCUAGUGACGGGCUAUCACCUUCCUGGUUUGCGUCAAGUUCUCUGUGCAAUGACCCUUCUAGGUUACCAUUUAAUUGUGUGUUACGUCUUAAGCCAUCAAGAAGGUGAUUUGGUGUUUUGUGAUGAAAUCCUUAACAAACAAUUGGAACAGUAUCCCGAGGGAGUAUGGUUUCUUUUUUUUAAGGGUCGUUUAGAAUUUAUGAAGGGAAACCUAGAUAAGGCACAAUAUUGGUACAAAAAGUCAUGGAAAUCACAAAAUGUUUGGCCGCAAUUUCAUCAUCUUAGUUUUUGGGAAUUGCUAUGGGUAAACUGUCUCAAAUUAGAUUGGCGAGAAUCAAGCCUUUAUGCAACGUACUUGGUUGAAAAAAGCAAAUGGUCUCGAACAAUCUAUUCAUACCAAAAAGCUGCAGUUCUACUUAUGAUCGACGAUCUAACAACAACCGAACGUAUGACUGUGGAUAAUCUUAUGCGAGAUGCACCACAAUAUAAACAAAGGAUCGCAGGCAAAUCACUCCCAAUGGAGAAGUUUAUAUGUAAGAAGGCUGAAAGAUAUUUCGCACAAAAUCGAACUUUAAUAAUGCCCGCCAUUGAGCUUAUGUACGUAUGGAAUACGUUCAAAGUCAUGGGAAAGCAUUUUCACAUAGCCGACGGAAUCUACCAAAUCAUCGAGAGAAAUCUAAAACAACACGAAGAAAAAUCUACAUCUUGCCCAUAUGAUUCCGACAAUCUUGCAUUGAUUCUCUUGUUAAAAGGAGCGUGCUUAAGGCAAACCAAGAAUCCAUUUUUGGCAUUAAAGAGCCUAGAGUCUGUUAUGGAAUUGCAGCCCAGCAUAAAGGAGGACACUUAUUUGGUACCAUAUGCGCUUGUUGAAAUUGGUUUGAUAUAUGCAGAAGAAGGACGCACUGAUCUUGCAAUAGGAGCAUUGGAAGACGCAAAGAAAAAAUACAGUGGCUACUCUCUGGAAUCUCGGCUACAUUUUCGAAUCCAUGCUGCGCUAACAGACCUUAAAGGUUGCGACAAAUAAAUAUUUCUACAUUAAAGCCAAAGCAGACAUAUAACCAAAUUCUGUUACAAAAUCAAGUUAAUGAAAUAAAUUCUAUGCCAGUGAGCAUUUUUAUUAUUUAACAACAACAAAUUUCAAGCUCAAAAAAGCUUUCCAACUACAUAUUAGACUUUUAAAGAAAAGCUUUAUUAAAUGCUUGAUGUUUAUUUAAACGGAAAAGCUUGAUGAAAGCUUAUUAUUUAUUCAAACGGAAAAGGGCGUUAAUGAUUGAAAACAAAAAAUAAUUUGAAUACAUUAUUCUGCUUCGAUGCACAGUUCUUCGGUAUUAAUUAUUUAAUUAUGACAAUUUAUUAAAACAAGCAAGGAAUACAAGCUUAUACCAAAAAAAAAAUGUUAAAUUUGUUGAACGAUCACAGGUGUUUGAUUCCCCGAAAUAUAUAAAGUUAUACAUA